UAGACACCGCGGGAGAGUCAAACCCAUGGAUGGGACACGCGUGGGGCGGGAUGCCAUGAACAACUGCACCGACCAGGAGUACUGGGACACCCUUGUUUCCCAGUGCAUCCCCUGCAGCCUCGUGUGUGGCCGGCCCACAGCCAGGAGGUGUGAUGCCGUGUGCGAGUCCAUGGACUGCAACAAGACCCCUGGAUUCUACUACGAUGACCUCGUGAGAAGCUGCAUCGAGUGCAGCACCAUCUGUGGGCAGCACCCCAAGGAAUGUGCCCCGACCUGUGAACCCUCUCCCCCGUCGCCCGCGGCCGUGCUGGAGCAGAAGGCGUGUGCGGAGCAGGAGCCGUGGCUCGUGGUGUAUCUGCUGCUGGGGCUCUGCCUCUGCGCCCUCAUCUGCUCCCUGCUCCUGGGCUGGACACACCUACGCAGGAAGGGAGAGAUGGGCUCCUGCCAAGCCGGUGCUGGGACCUGCCACUGCAGGGAGGACUCUGCCAAAGAUCGGCUGGUGGAAGCGGGCAGCGUCGGUGAGGGAUUCACUGGCAGCAGAGCCCCAGAGCCAGUGGAAACCUGUGGCUUCUGCUUCCCUGGACAUGGCUCUGCUGUACAAGAGACCAAAUCAUGCCACAGCACCUUGUGUCACGCUGGGGAAAGAGCUGCUCCCUCCUACACCGGGAUCUGCAGCACGGGAAGCGCUGGGGCCACUCCCAGCCCUGACGACGGCCACUUCAAGUUUUUUUGUUCUCCUUCCCAAGAGAAGACACCCAUGGUGUGACCACAGUAGAUGUUCCUGCACAGGAUCAGAAUGGAGGGGUGCUCCCUCUGCCCCCAAAUCACAGUUGCUUCACCCUCUGCUGCCAGUGAUUGGAACAGCUUCUACCCAGACUGGCCGACCCAGCUCAGGCUUUGCCAGGAGCUGAAGGAUAAAGUGAAGGCUGGAGGUUGCACAGGGCUGUUUGCUCCCACUCAGGAAUUUAAAUUCUCUUAUUCUUGCGCACUCCCAGUGAGUGACAGAAGUCACUUCUCAUUUAGCAGCACCUGACUUCAUCCUCCCUCUUGACCUCUGCAGACCCUCCCGUGCCUCCCAGCCAUUGGGAGGGAUGUCUCGUGGGGGCUCUUCAUCCUGGUCCCACCAUCAGUGACACUUUGUCCACCAGCCCCCACCAGUCCCCAUGGAGAGCUCACCUUUCCCUGCUUGGAAUCUCUGCUGUGCACCAGAACAAUUUACAGCAGAGCUGUAAAUACGUCAAACAUGGACUUGGAUCCAAGGAGUUACUGGUUGAAGCUACAAGGAUCUGGGGUGGAAAGCUCCACUGCCAGCUUCCAGCACUGCUUGGGAGGGGAGAACAGGUCAGUGCUGAAGGUGAGGCUUUACCUCAUGACAGGACAUGAGCAGCUGGGACAGGCAUCAAAAUCCUCAGUGGAAUUUGGUUUAAAUGUGGAAGUUCAUCCAAGGCUGAGAACUUUCUAGAACACUGGAUCUACGUAUGUUUGCUUUGGGUUACUCCAAAUAGCUGUUAAAAGUGAGGAACCAGUUGCAGAUUGAGCUGCUUCAAGGGAAUAUUUUUAUCUGACCUGGCUUUGAAAGCUACCAUAGAAAAAUAAGGAUUUCAACAUAUA